ACACAUUCAGUACCCGCCUCGGCACACGUCGAUACCACAGCAUCUACUUGGAGCUUUUGUCUCAUCUCUAUUUCUUUUUUCCAGUUUAAUCAAAUAUAACACAAAGCUUGUUUGUUUCUCUUUCAUUUCGAUUUCGAACUUUUAAUGAAUCUCUGAGUCUUCUCCCUCGAUUUCUCUGUCAAAUCUGUUUUUGAUUACUGGAAGUGGUUGUUGUGAGUAGACUCAAAUGGCGAUUGAAGAGGACACUGAGAGCUGCGGGAGUAUAGCUGUGGACUCGCUGGCGCAUGCGAAUCCUCGGCAUCAAAGGCAAAAGCUGGAUGUUUACAACGAGGUGCUUAAGCGAAUCCAGGAGUCUAAGUACGAGGAAGCUAAUCUGCCUGGCUUCGAUGAUCAGCUCUGGCUUCAUUUCAAUCGGCUACCUGCCCGAUACGCGUUAGAUGUGAAUGUGGAGCGGGCAGAAGAUGUGCUAACUCAUAAAAGGUUACUGCAUUUGGCAGAAGACCUCGCCCAUCGUCCUGCUUUUGAAGUUCGUAUUGUGCAGGUCUAUCCUGUCUCCACUGCACAUUCUGAUUCUUCUAUGAAAGAAGACGCACAAAGUGCUUAUCAUUCACAUAGACAGGGUGUCCAUCCACCUCCUACCUUUGGUUCAUCACCUAAUCUUGAGGCUAUUGCUCUUCAAGCAAGUAGAUAUCAUGUUGAAGAUGGAGACAGUGCUGUGAAUUCCACAUCACACCUUUUCCGGCCUAUGCAUGAGAUCACCUUUUCAACAGUUGACAGGCCAAAACUUCUUAGUCAGCUGACUUCUUUUCUUGCGGAGAUUGGAUUGAACAUUCAAGAAGCUCAUGCUUUUUCCACUGUUGAUGGGUACUCUUUGGAUGUUUUUGUUGUUGAUGGUUGGCCUUUAGAGGAAACUGAGGAGCUCAAAAAUGCUUUGGAGAAGGAAAUAUUAAAGUCUAAGGAGCAAUGUUAUUCUAGAAAGGGUUCAAUAUCUGCUAUGACUGAGCAUAUCAAAGAAGGGGUCAUUUCCUUACCUGAUUGUGUUGAAAUCCCUACUGAUGGAACUGAUGUAUGGGAAAUUGAUACCAGGCAGCUCAAAUUUGAAAACAAGAUUGCAUCUGGAUCCUAUGGUGAUCUAUACAGAGGCACAUAUUGUAGUCAAGAAGUGGCCAUUAAAGUCCUCAAGCCUGAGUGUGUUACGGAAGAAAUGCUGAGAGAGUUUUCUCAGGAAGUCUAUAUAAUGAGGAAAAUUCGGCAUAAGAAUGUUGUUCAAUUCAUAGGCGCAUGUACAAGAGCUCCAAACCUGUGCAUUGUGACUGAGUUCAUGGCUGGUGGUAGUAUAUAUGAUUAUCUGCAUAAGAAAAGGGGAGUUUUUAAGUUGCCAUCUCUACUCAAGGUAGCAAUUGAUGUUUCCAAGGGAAUGAACUAUUUGCAUCAAAAUAACAUCAUCCACAGGGACCUGAAAACUGCCAAUCUUCUGAUGGAUGAAAAUCAAGUUGUUAAAGUUGCUGAUUUUGGAGUUGCUAGAGUGCAGGCUCAGUCAGGAGUAAUGACAGCUGAAACUGGUACAUACCGCUGGAUGGCUCCUGAGGUUAUUGAGCACAAACCAUAUGAUCACAAGGCAGAUGUUUUUAGCUUUGCGAUAGCUCUCUGGGAGCUACUGACAGGAGAACUGCCAUAUGCUUUCUUAACUCCUUUACAAGCAGCAGUAGGUGUGGUGCAAAAGGGUCUACGCCCUACAAUCCCAAAGAAUACUCACCCAAGAUUAAGAGAACUGCUUGAGAGAUGCUGGCAGCAGGAUCCAACUCAAAGACCUACCUUCUCUGAAAUUAUAGAUAUUCUUCAACAAAUAGCUAAAGAGGUUGCAGAUGAGGGGGGAGAUUGCCGCAAGAGCAAGUCAUCUGGCGGUUUUUUCUCAGCUAUGAUAAGGGGACACCAUUGAGCCCAGUAGAAAAGAUGCUGCUGCUAACAACAUGUAUGAUCUGACUGCAUUGUACGUUUCUUAUCAUAUGCUUUUUGCAUUGUACAGCAUUAUGCAUGAUGAGCAAUUCAGUACAGCGGUGUGCAUUGAGAGAGCGAUAUUUCAGUUUUAGCACUCAUUACCCUUGUCCCUAAGCCGUCUUAAGUUACAAUUUCUCUCCUCUUUCUCCUCUUAGCGCUAAUGUUUUAUACUAGUACUUGCCUGUUCAUUUUUUUUUGCCUUAUUGCAAUCUGAAUCAUGACUUGUCUGCUGUAAUAACUUCGAAUGGGCUUGUUAUAUAAAGAGUGAGAAGUGAAUGAUUGGUGAAAAAAAAAAAGGAAAACCUCACCUGAUCGUCCAUGCCAU